UCACCGGCCACGCAACCCCAGCACCCUGGUUGCCCCCCUCACAAGAGGGAAAAAAAAAAGUGCCGCCAGGGAAGGGAAAAAAACAUCACCGGAAGUAAUUGUUACGACACACAGGCGCUGUCACUCAGUCUGCAUUCGCUAUCCUCGCUACUUCGCCGCCCGCCCGCUUCUGUUUACCGCCCAAUCUCGUUCCACAGCCGCCCGCAGAGAGACAACAACCCUUCUGAACCCGUUUUUCAAGGCCAAUCGACACUCGUUCUCCCCUCCUUCACAGUCGCUAAGGCAUCCCACUCGCCUUCGGACGGAACGCGCACCCCUCGACCGCCGCCGCCGCCGCCCCCAAUACCAUCACCUCUCCUCCCACACACCGCAUGCGCUUUGUCGAGUCUUUUUGCCAGGACUUGCAGUUCUCCCCGCGCCGCGAAUACACUUUCGGACGGUGUUGACACCGAUUCACGCCCCCCUGUCGCUACCACCGAGGCACUAAUACAACAUGGUCAAGUCUGGCCUUGGACUGUUUGCGGGUCGCCGCAAAUCGCAGAGCAACGUGCUGGAAGAUGUCGUCGAGCCUGCGCCCCCAGUCUCCAAACCCUCCCCACCGGCCGAUUCGGGCUCGGGAGGAGGGUUCCGAGUCAUGACAGCGACCGAAGCAGAUGCGCGGAAAAAAGAAGAGAAACGCAGAGCCUCUGAAAAGGCGGCAUCCAAAUUCCGGCCCUUCAGCGGCUUUGGAAAUAAUGGGAACAAGGGCCGAAACUCGUCGUUUGACGACAUCUCCCCUGGGUCAUCUAAGCGUGACAGCAAAUCGAGUAGCGGAACAGGGGGCUCGCGUCCCUACAAUAACGGUCAGUUCGGCUCCACGUCCACUCUGCCCUCUUCCGCCGACACUCAUUCCGACGACAACAUCUUCGCCGUGCCUCGCCCGCACGUCUCACAUCAGCAGAGCGCCCCAGGAGCUCUGUACAUGAAGAAACAGCUGCCUGCCGUCCCCAAGGCCGACUCGAGAUAUUACAACAGCAGCGACCAGCAAGACUCUGCAUACGGUGGUCGUGUACGGGCCAUGACUUCGUCGAGUUACGCCAGUACCGCGAAGCCACCGACGUUGGACGCCGAUCUCAACUUUGGCUCCUCCGGCUUCGAUGAUAUGUUUAGCGGCAUCGAACGGAAGGAAUCCCCUGAGAUGACUAAUGAUCCGACCGGGGGCCGUUCCCUCCUGCAAGGGAAGCGUCACUUCCAAGCUGAACCUCUCAACAUUGACCGCAGGCUGGACGUAGAGCCGCCGCUUACUUCCUGGGAUAGUCGUGGCUCCGCUGAUAACUUGAUGUCCACCGAAUCUCUCGACAGAGACGACUCUCCUCCCCCUCCGCCUCCACACAAGUUCUCCCAUUCACAUCAACAACAAUAUGCCCCCGUCGCCUCCCACAGUCCCGAUCUGAACGGAUCCAACGGCUUCGCACACUCCAAUCCCCAACCCAUCCGCCAUCCCGUCAUGGCCUCAAAACCACUGCCCCAAUCCUCCUCCCCCGAGCCAAUUCCUCAAACCGUCUCCUCAUCCUCCGCCUCCUCGCUCCAAACUCCCUUGUCAUCCCAUUCGGGCGACAGCCACACCACCCCCAAAGCUGCUGUGCACCCCUCGUACAGAGAGCAUCACGCCGACGACGAUAACGAUGACGAUGAAGACUUAUUUACACCUUCCAAACCCAAAGAACAAAAACCCUCGGCGCCCGCUGUCAAGGACACUCGACCGCCGCUUCCCGCAGUUGACGAGUCGGGCCGCCGAAUCAUGACACAAGCCGAGUUUCGUGCCCAGCAACAACGUGCCACACAACAGCCCCCACAGGAUGAUUCGGAGGAGGAAGAUUACGAGGACGAGGAGGAUGCCGAAGAAAGGGCGGCUCAGGAGGCAAUAGCCAGGCGCAAGAAGCAGCAGAUGGAUUUGGCAAGAGACUCUAUGCGUCGUUCAACCACUGCACCUACGGGAGCAUCGAACCGACCCGACAGCGUAGCAGAAUCAAUCAACAUGGGGUUCCCCUCAGAAGUGUCGCUAAAGGCAGAUGAGUGGGAAGAUGAGGAUAUACCGUUAGGCAUUCUCGCCCAACAUGGCUUCCCAAGCACCGCACGCAACAGGGCACCGGCCCAGCCUCCCAAUGCCAUUCCCUCUUACUACCGAGAUUCUUCGGCCUCAUUGGGGCUUCCCGAACGGCCCGCGUCUGCAGGGCCAAUGGGCAACCGCGCUUCCGCAUUCAGACCUGCAUUCGCUCGAAAUCUCCCAGAAGACCCCCACGCCACGUUCGUCGGAUCUGGUCUGAUCCACCAGUCCAACAGAGAAUCAAUGGGUUUCAACCGAGGUCCUGGCUCUGUGGUGGGAGAUCCCAUGAUGGGCUAUCAAGAGCCCCAGCUGUCGGCGCCUUCGCUAGUCGAGCAGAUCCACAUGCGGGAUAUGUCGAAACCCAAGUACAUGGGCGGCGGAUCCAGCAAGCAGAAGCCUCAGGGCGGUCCGUUUACUGGCGCCAUGGGCGCCCAGAUGAACAGUUCGAUGCAAAACGCAGGCUCGACGCGCAUGUCCGUGAUGAACCCAGGCAUGAAUGGAAUGAACGGCAUGGGCAUGGGAAUGGGUAUGGGUAUGGGACAGAACGGCAUGAACCAGAUGAACUCGAUGAUGGGAAUGGGCAUGGGCAUGAUGGGAGCGCCCAAUGGCAUGCCUAUGAUGGGUAUGAAUGGAAUGGCGUACCCGACAACACAGCAGGAGUAUAUGCAGCAGAUGCAGCAUAUGCAACAAAUGCAGCAAAUGUUAGCCGCACAGCAGAUGCAGAUGCAGCAGAUGGCCAUGGGACAGCAACAACAACCAUCCUUUGAUCCACGCAUGUCAAUGGCUAUGCCCAAUGGCUUCCCCGGCGGCAACAACUUUCUCAACCCCAACGGUCCGCUAGGCCAACGUCCCAUGUCGAUCAUGUCCAACAACAUGGGACAGCAAACUCAACCGUUUGCUCCUCAGCCGCAGCAGCAACAACCUCCUCCACGCCCUUACUCUUCGGGCGCAAACUUGAUGGGCAACAUGAGUCCCUUCCCUCCACCCUCCCUAGGCCCCAUGCCUGGCUACACUCCCUCGAUUGCUCCUUCCGAACGCUCCAACAUUGGCCUCUCGGCGCGCUACCGCCCUGUUGCGACCAACAACGACGCCAAAUCCACCGUCAGCUCCUCGAUGACGCUCCAGGCAUCGGGCGGUGCCGCGCAGAACUCGAACCUCGGUCCCCCUGGCGUCGUCAAGGGCAUACUGAAGAAGGGACAAGCGCAAAAGCAGCAGACGCUGCAAGAAGAGGAGGACGAGGACGGCUGGGGCAAGAUGGCGGCACGCAAGUCCAAAUUCGGGUUCGGAGGAGCCAAGAGCGGGUCCUCGAAGCAACCGCAGCAAACCAAAAGUAAUAACGAUGACGAUUUGAGGGAUAUUGUUAAGGGGCUUGAGGGGCUGUAA